AUGCGCUUCUUCAUCACUCUCAUCUCUGCGCUUCUCGUGCUCUUCGCGCCCUUCUCUGCCGCCAGCAACGACGACGCCGUCUACUCCACCUCUACCCAGACCCAGACAAUCACCGUAACCGUCAUCCACUCUGUCUCUUCAUCUACUCCCAGCGUCAUGCCUCCUCCAGCCGGCGCCAACAGCACUGCUCCUUACCCAUCGUCCACCAUGAUGACCAAGACCUGGGGCACUGGCACCGGCACCGGCGGCGUGCCUGCUCCCACUGGCUUCCCGAUGCCUCAGCCCACCUUCAGCAACUCUGCGCCAGGAUCGCCCAUCAGCUACGGCUCCGCUCUACUCGCCGGAUGCCUCGCCAUCUUCGUUGGCGCUGCUCUAUAG